UACCAAAUACAGUACACUCUAAAUUACCCCCCAAAAAAAUUCUCAAGCUAGAGAAAAUUAUCCCUUUACGCAGCCCCUACAAGGGGUUGUCGAUUUCUUGUCUUCCUACAAAAAGGUUUAAAAAAGAAACAUCAGAGCUACUACAAACUCACUACUUGUCACUUUUGACGGCUGAUAAGGAGGUAAAAUCAAGGCAGUCAACGAAAAGGUUGAAGCCUUGAAGGAUAAAUAUUCUCCAGGUAGCAGUAAUGGUGGAAUGGUGGUGGUCUCUACUGGGAGCUGCUGUGCCUGCUGUAGUAGCGGGGCAAGCUUUCAGGACGAAAAAGAGGAGAGAUGAGGAGGAGAGGAUAAAGAGGGCCAGAGGUCGUGAGAAGAACUCUGAUGAUAUAUUUGUUUGUGAAAGAGUGUGUACUUCAAACAGGAUGCUCAAGAAGUUUGGUGCGUUUUCUAAGGACCCAAUGCCCGAUACCUGUGUUACUGUUUGUGGUGUCUCUGAGCUCGAUGCUUGUGCUGAUGCGUGUGCUCGGACUGUUUGUGUUAAUCAGCAUCAAGUGCCUAACUGGAAUGAUAUCUGUCUUAAGAGGUGUCAAAGUGAGUGUCUUAGGCUCUCACAAUCUUCUGUAGCGUCUUCUUAGCACAUUGCUCUUAAAAUUUUGCAUCAUUUGGAGAAUUCUGGUCUAUUGACAAUCUUCUGAAGUUUAUCAAUAUUAUUUGUGCUAUC